AAACUGUCUCUGUUAUUCUUUUUAACCUUUUGGCCCAAUGUUUGCACUUCAACCUGGAGUAACUCCGUUAUUAUUAUUAUAACAAUUUCACUUGAUUUCCCCCCUUUUUCAUUGAAUUUUUGACAUUUUAAUAUUUUGUCACAGUCAAAUGGAAAGCAAAAAGAGAGAAACGCUGAUUUAAAUGGAGGAGGGGGGGGGGGUCUGUCCACGGAGGGAAAAAAAAGAAAAAGAAAACUCCAUGUCGGGUUUUAUAGCCUUUCCCCUCAAAUUACCUUUAAUGUAAAAACGUAUAAAGCCGCCGCGCGCUGCCUCACUCCACGCAGAAGCGCACAAGGGGCCAAUCAGGCGCGAGGUGACGGCCCCUGAACACGUCCACGGCGAGGCAGCGCGAGUAACGGAGCGGAGAGAGAGACAGAGGAGAGAGAGAGAAGGGGGGAGAGGAGGGAGGAGUGACCGGCCCGGGUUCAAAGUUCUAACAGACUCACCGGCCUGAAGGGAAAGAAGAAGAAGAAGAAGAAGAGCGCGCGCGAGAGAGAGAGAGAGAGAGAGAGAGAGAGGGAGAGAGAGGGAGAGUGAGAGACUGACAGGCGCUGCCCGAAACUAGACGAACCAAAGCGACGACAUGAGCGGCCAGUUCGAGGAAGACAUCCACGACCGGGGCGAGAGGAAGAGCAGCAAGUCGCCGACGCUGCUCUCCUCUUACUGCAUCGAGAGCAUUCUGGGCCGCCGCAGCCCCUGUAAGGUCCGGCUGCUCGGGGCGCAGGGUCUGGCGGCUCUGACGGCUCUGCCCGGGAGAGGCGAGCUCGACAAGACGGCCGACGGGCCAACGAAAGACCCCCUGUCCCUCGGCGCGGACAUCCACCUGCCCCCGAAGCUCCGGCGGCUGUACGGACCCGGCGGGAAGUACCUGCACGAGCACGCGGUGAAGCUCGACCGGGAGCGGCUCCUCCUGGAGCAGGCCGGCGACGGCCUGAAAAUCAGCCAGGCGCCGCAGGUGAGCAUCAGCCGCAGCAAGUCGUACCGGGAGAACGCGUCGCUGAGCCGGGGGGAGGGCGACCAGAGCCCCGGGGGAGGCUCGGAGGACGGCCGCCUGGGGCUGGUGGAGCUCGGGCCGCUGAAGUUCGAGGAGGACGCGGCGGCGCCGGCGGCGAACAAGGAGGAGGAGAGCUGCGCAGACGCGACGGCGCUGUCCCCGAACAAGGACGAGGAGCGGGAGGGCUUGAACGCCGGGGAUGGGGACGUGAGGGACGGGGAGGAGAGCGUGUGCCUGUCGGCGGGCAGCGACUCGGAGGAAGGGAUGCUGAAACGCAAGCAGCGGAGAUACAGGACUACGUUCACCAGUUACCAGCUGGAGGAGCUGGAGAGGGCGUUCCAGAAGACACACUACCCCGACGUCUUCACCAGAGAAGAGCUCGCCAUGCGCCUAGAUCUCACCGAGGCCCGCGUUCAAGUGUGGUUUCAGAACCGCAGGGCCAAGUGGAGGAAGCGCGAGAAGGCCGGCGUGCAGGCCCACCCGUCGGGCAUGCCCUUCCCGGGCUCCCUGGCAGCGGGCCACCCCCUCAGCCACUACCUGGAGGGAGGUCCCUUCCCUCCCCACCACCACCCGGCCCUGGAGUCCGCCUGGACAGCCGCGGCAGCUGCGGCGGCCGCUUUCCCCGGCCUGGCCCCGCCGCCGCACAACGGUUCGGCAGCGCCCAUGGCCACCCCGCUCGGCCUGGGCACGUUCCUAGGCACGGCGGCCAUGUUUCGCCACCCUGCCUUCAUCGGACCCACUUUUGGCAGGCUCUUCUCCAGUAUGGGUCCCCUGACCAGUGCUUCCACCGCUGCGGCUCUCCUCCGCCAGCCCGCCCCUCCCGUGGAGAGCCCCCCCCACGCGGGGCCCGUCCUCCCCGACCACUCCGCUCCUUCCUCUGUCCCCACUUCUGCGGCCGCGGCGGACCGCAGGGCCUCCAGUAUUGCCGCGCUGCGCCUCAAGGCCAAGGAACACUCGGCUCAGCUCACCCAGCUCAACAUCCUGCCAGCCGGAGCCGCAGGGAAGGAGGUGUGCUGAACACUCAACGACAGCUCUAGCCCCCCCCCCAACCCAGGUUUAUGUCCCAUUCCAUUACAACCCCCCCUCGUCCCACUUCCAAAAAACCCAUUCAUACCUCUGGAGGAUGAUGUCCCCGAUGUCCCCUGUGUCCAACCGUCCCCGUUACCUCAUGUUUCCCCAACAAAAUAGCACGACCAAAUUCAAAAGAGCACUGGCACAGAAAAGUGUGUGUGUGUUUGUGUGUGUGUCUACUAAUUACAGCUAUUGUAACAUUGCUUUACACUCCAUCUUUUAAACAAUUACUAUAUUUUAAAAUCUUUUCAAUGUCUUGCCACAAAUUAAUUUAAAAAUAAAUUAAACUUGAAAAAAGGUUCUGUUGUAAGAUAUAUAAAUAUUUUUUUCACAAAAUGCUGUGCAAAAUGCACAGACAAUAAAUCACAAAUCCAACACAUCACCAAAGAACUUACUUGAGAAUUUUGAUCGUUCAGCUCCACCACAUAACUUUACUAAUUAUUAAGUUGUGAUUCACACACGGAACCUUAAGCCUUCUGUGAUACACAUGUUUGUACGAAUGUUGAAACCAACAUCAACCAACAACAUUAAUGCCCUAGUAUUAAUAAUUCAGUAUUAUAUUGUAGUCAAACUCUUAUAGGGGCAACUUUUUAAAAACCUGUUUAAGACGUUAAGUUCAGGUUUAUAAAUUAAAACAAUGUAAGUUAAUACACGGUGCCCAUAAUCAUUUUUAGGGAAAAUUUAGAAAUUUUAUUUGUAAGAAAUUAUUUCACAGUGCGAUGUGACUACUUUGACUUCAGUAAAUGGUCUGUCAUCUCUCUCUCACACACACACACACACACACACACACACACACACACACACACACACACACACACACACACACACACACACACACACACACACACACACACACACACACACACACACACACACACACACACACACACACACACACACACACACACAAGCAGAGCUGAAGAUCCGCACGGAAACCCUGAGACUUUUAAAAAAGGAUUCUUGUGCGAGCUCAAACGUGGAAGAACUUGAGUGCUCGACACUAAACACUGCUCCGUCUCGUUGUGCGUGCGUGGACAUGGGCUGAGCCAGUGUGCGUCUGUAGUAAAGGUGAGUCGGAGGAGGCCCCCCACACCCCCACCAGAACCAAAGGAAACCUUUCCAUAGACCAUCUAUAGCCUUCUCGACAAGCCUGACUGCUCUCUACUCUGCCCGCCUGCCCAACAGUAACACUCAGCAUCACACAUGCACACACACACGUGAGCAAAGUUGAGAGCUGAGAUAUGUCUCUAAAGAUGACGUGGCUGUGUGAAAGAGAACUGUACAUAUUGUGUAAUUUAAAAAAAACACCAGACAACAAAAAAGGAUGAUUUUCAAAACAAGGUCGUGUACAUUUGAAGGAGGCCGCGUUUUGACGAUUUGCACUCUGCGUAGUGUUUAAUGAAUGUUGCCCCUGUGUAGAGUUUCACCAUGUGUUGAAUUAUGAAUUAUUAGGGUUUCUAGACUAUUUUAUUUAUGUCAAAAACUGUCCCCCUGAGGAAAUGAUGAGUGAAGGGCAGGGGUUUUUCGUUUGUUUGUUUGUUUUCUUAUUAAGUGAUUGUAAGUUUCCUGGUUUAUAUUAAUGCUAAUUUGAAUAAAUAACAAAUGGUAAAAGGAGUUAUCUUUUUAUUAUUUCAAAUUCCUUUAGGACUGACGUACAGUCCCCUGAACCAGGAAAAAAUAAAGAAACAAUGUGAAAUAGAAUAUCAUAGAAACUAUUAAUAAAAGGUGUUAUGAAGAAAUUG